ACUGCAGAGGAGCGGAGCGCAUCGGACGCACCGCGCAGACACCAAAAACGUUGCCCAUCACGGAUUUACGCCGUUCAAACGUCCUGCAAGCGGGGCCAAAGCGGAAUAACACCUCUCUAUUUGGACGAUGUUCCUCCUGCAGUACACAGGACUCAGCUCUCUGCCCUUUGAUCCCGCGACCAGCUCAGAUCCUCUGCAGUUCAACAGUUCCCUGGUGAGCGAGGGUCCUCCUUUAGAGAACGGAGCAGAGAACAACAAGAAGAGGAAGAGGUCCACUCUGCCCACAGCAGAAGUGAUCCGCAACUUGCCCAUGGACUCCAGCCCGAUGGCGAUGCCCAUGUCAGACCCCAGCGCCUGGGCCACAGCCAUGAACAACCUGGGGAUGUCUCCUCUGGGACUGAGCACACAGACUCUAGUGCCAGACUAUGAGCCAAAUGUGGGUCUCAUGCCUGAUUUCAGCCCCAUGAAUCCACUCAUGCCUGGUCUGGGUCUGGUACCAGAUGUCCCCGUCGUCAAGGAGAUCAUCCACUGUAAAAGUUGCACCCUGUUCCCUCCUAACCCCAAUCUCCCCCCUCCGGCCACCAGGGAGCGCCCUCCUGGGUGUAAGACAGUGUUUGUGGGUGGUUUGCCGGAGAAUUCCACUGAGCAGACCAUUGAGGAGGUCUUUGGCCCAUGUGGAGAGAUCAUCGCCAUCCGCAAAAGCAAGAAAAACUUCUGCCACAUUCGCUUUGCUGAGGAGUUCACAGUGGACAAGGCUCUUUUCUUAUCUGGUUACCGCAUCCGUAUGGGCUCCAGCACAGACAAGAAGGACAGCGGGCGUCUCCAUGUGGACUUUGCCCAGGCCAGAGACGACUUGUACGAGUGGGAAUGUCACCAGCGCAUGUUAGCCAGAGAGGAGAGGCACCGACGCAAGAUGGAGGAGGAUCGACUGAGACCGCCUUCCCCUCCUCCCAUCGUCCACUACUCGGACCACGAGUGCAGCCUGCUGGGGGACAAGAUCAAAGAUGAUGUGAAGUUUGCCGAGGCGGUGCGGGUGCUUCUGACCUGGCUGGAGCGAGGUGAAGUCAAUCGCAGAAACGCCAACAACUUCUACUCUAUGAUCCAGUCGUCCAACAGCCACAUCCGCAGACUGAUGAGUGAGAAAGCCCAGCACGAGAAGGAGAUGGAGGAGGCCAAGGAAAAGUUCAAGAGUGCACUGGCCGGGAUACUGGGCCAAUUUGAACAGAUUGUGUCUGUAUUCCAAGCUGCUUCCAAACAAAAGGCAUGGGACCAUUUCACCAAAGCUCAGCGCAAGAACCUGGACGUUUGGCGCAAGCAAGUACAGGAGAUCAGAAACAUGCACAACGAGCAGCUGAUGGGCAUCAGGCGAGAGGAAGAGAUGGAAAUGUCUGAUGACGACAUGGAAAAUGCCCCCAGCAGCAAACUCUCAGAGGACUCAGCUGAAGCCUUGAAGGAGGAGAAUGACUCUCUGCGCUGUCAGCUGGACGCCUACAGGAACGAGGUGGAGCUCCUCAAACAAGAACAGAACAAGAACCAGCCCCAGAGAAGUGAAGAAGAGAAUACACACUCACAGCAACUCAGCUUCCUCCAGCAAGCUCUACAGGGCAUGCAGACGCAACUCUUAAAAAUGCGAGAGGACUUAAAACAGCGUGAGUCAGACCUGGAGAAGAGUUUGGACGACAAACAGCAGCUAAAGAAAGAAGUCCAGACUCUGAAGGAAGGUCUCCAAAAUCUGCAGAGUCUGAAAAACACAGAUGAAAUGCAGCUGGAGACGUCUCAGGGAGACGACGGAGGCGCAGAGGAGAACGCUGAUCAAACCGCUGAAGUGUCUGUAGCGUCCACAGUGGUGUCGUGCAGUCAGGAGAAAGAAGCUCCAACAGACAGGGGUCCACAGAGCCCUGUCCAGUCAGAGAGAGAGGCCCUGCUAGUCGGAAUCAUCUGUACGUUUCUGCACGUUCACCCGUUCGGAGCCAGCCUUGAGUACAUCUGCUCCUACCUGCAGCGUCUGGACUCCAAGAUUACCACGGGUGAAGUGGAAGCGAUCCUUUCUCGGCUGCCCUGCACUUUCAGACAGGAGCUGACAGGAGUAGGAGCCAGUUUAGAGAAACGCUGGAACUUUUGUGGAUUUCAGGGCAUCAAGAGCAUAUAGACUGUACACAAACACUGCACAAUACACUGGCACAAUAUCCACACGAGGAAGACUGGAAAAACUGAAAAUGAAUAAUAAUCAGUUUAGAUCGAGCCAAUUCCCUGUACAUAAGGGCACGACUUGACCCAGCCCACACACUUUAUGACAGAACCAGGGUUACGUUUAAGUAACCUUGAGUUUUACUGUAAGAAUAAGCACAGCUGAUGUGUUUACAAGAUCUAGUGUUCUACCUGCAGAUGCCGAAGUCGUAUUCUUCUCCGCUCCACACCUGCAUCACCCCAUUUUUUACACAUGCACCUUUUACCCUCACACCCUGGAAUUCAUUUACUUGGCAGUCCAGCAUUUGUCUUGCGAGAGGGUUGCUGUCAAUCAUCAGCUCGGAGCAGUAGCGGGGGAAACACGCUGAAUUAAACGCUGGAUUCCUCUUUUUGAAUUCUUGUUUGUCUAAAUGUUUGAGUUCAUUGAAUGUUGAAAGCACAAAAGACCUCCGUGUUUCUUCAUCAGUUCAAGCUAAGUUAUUCUAUCAUAAGAUUUCAUAAAGUCGUCAUAAACUUCACGUGAGAAGGUGUUAGGAUGUAUUCAGCUCAUGUAGUAUCCAGUACAAGUAAGUAACAGCUAAACCUCAGAUUUGUACAUUUUUUGUGUAUAAUAUUUGUGUUUUUUCUAAUUAAAAUGAUAUGUAUUUCUAAAUCUGC